UCAUCGGAGCGCGACCUGUGCCCAUCUGCAGAGACCGCACCUUGCAGUCAUGGGACCGCCCGGGCCCGUGCACUUCCUGUCCCCGGGGCCUCGGGUUCUGGAGAACAGCACCCCGCUUGCACGUUUGCGGGGGGACGGGCGGGCUAGACAGAUAAGGCGAGCGAUGGAGGGACUACUGCACUACAUCAACCCAGCGCAUGCCAUCUCUCUGCUCAGUGCCCUCAAUGAGGAGCGGCUCAAGGGACAGCUGUGUGACGUACUCCUGAUUGUUGGGGACCAGAAGUUCCGAGCUCAUAAAAACGUCUUGGCUGCCAGCAGCGAGUACUUCCAGAGUUUGUUCACAAAUAAGGAAAAUGAGUCACAAACUGUCUUUCAGCUUGACUUUUGUGAACCAGAUGCUUUCGAUAAUGUUCUGAACUACAUUUAUUCUUCAUCCUUGUUCGUGGAGAAGGGCAGCCUGGCUGCUGUGCAGGAGCUGGGCUAUAGCCUUGGGAUCUCCUUCCUGACCAACAUCGUCUCCAAAGCCCCACAAGCCCCCUUUCUUGCAUGUCCCAACAGAAAAAGGGUGUCGGUAGAAGAUGACGAGAGUAGCUCCCAAAAGAGAAGUGUCAUCGUGUGCCAGAGUAGAAGCGAAGCACAAGGGAAAGCUGUCAGUCAGAAUCUAUCUGACCUGAGCCACAUUCCCCGGCCCUCACCCAGCAUUGCAGUCAAGACCAGUAGCAGCAAGCCACAUAUUGCAAAGGCAGUGGAACCUCUUCACAGCCUGUCAUUAACUGAAAAGAGCUGGCCGAAAGAUAGCGCUGUGGGGUAUGCGAAAUCUCUUGAGCAUUCUGGGACUUUGGAUGAGCCUAAUAGAAGCAGUUUGGUGAAAAGAAAUGCAGCAUUGCCCUCAAAGCCUGCGCAAGACAGAGACGCCACGGAUGAUAAACCAGGUGUGAGUGGUCAGCUUCCAAAGGGAAAAGCUAUAGAGCUGGCUCUGAAAAGGCCACGGCCACCUGUUCUGUCUCUUCGUAGCUCAUCAGAGACUCCUUAUGUCUUAAAAGAAGCUAACCAAGGAAGUGGUCAGGGUGAGGAUAGAAACCUGUUGUACUACUCCAAGCUGGGCCUUGUGAUCCCAUCCAGUGGGUCUGCUUCUGGGAACCAAGGCAUUGACAGGAGUGGCCCACUCGUAAAGAGCCUCCUCAGACGGUCACUGUCUGUGGAUAGCCAGGUUCCUGUCUGCUCACCCGCCAUAGACUUGAAAUCAUCCCAGGGGUCACCCACAGCACCAAACAGUGCAACAGGGAAUGUGUUCUGUGCUUUCUCUCAAAAGUCAUCUUUAAAAGACUGUGCUGACAAAACAGCCCUAGAUGACAGGCCUCAAGUGCCACAACCACAUCGCCUCAGGUCCUUCAGUGCUUCUCAAUCCACAGACAGGGAGGGGGCCUCCCCCGUGACUGAUGUGCGCAUCAAGACCGAGCCCAGCAGCCCACUGUCGGACCCAUCUGACAUCAUCCGAGUCACGGUGGGGGAUGCAGCCACAGCAGCCACGAGAGACCUGCCUCUGAAAACAGAAGAUGACCAGAAGGACAUGAGCAGACUCCCAGCAAAGAGGAGGUUCCAGGCAGACAGAAGGUCACCCUUUAAGAAGGCCCGGGCACAUGAGCACAGGCCUCCUGUCUCAGCAGACAACUGUGAGCACAGCAUGAGCCCUCCUCCCCUGGACGGCAAUUUCCCAGAUUCUGACUUAAGCAGAGAGGAAUUUGAGCAAGGCAACCACGAGCGCUUGUGCCGGAACGCCACCGUUUGCCCUUACUGCAGCCUCAGGUUCUUCUCGCCCGCACUGAAGCAGGAGCAUGAGGACAGGUGUGAGUACAAGAAGCUGACCUGCCUUGAGUGCAUGCGCACCUUCAAGUCCUCCUUCAGCAUCUGGCGGCACCAGGUGGAAGUGCAUAACCAGAACAACAUGGCUCCUGCUGAGAACGUCUCCCUGCCUGCUCUGGAUCACAAUGGUGAAGUGACUGCCGCCUCCAGGCCUCAGGCUCCACCCGAGCCUAAUAAGGUAAACCACAUUGCUGCACCAAAAGAGGACACCGUGUUCAGUGACUCUUCAGAGCAAGUGAACUUUGAUUCAGAAGAUUCCUCCUGUCUCCCUGAAGACCUGAGUCUUUCUAAGCAGCUGAAAAUCCAUGUCAAAGAAGAGCCCGUGGAGGAGGCUGAGGAGGAGGUGCCUGAGGCCAAUGCUACCCCCAGGGAAGUGGGCCCCAGCAAGGAGGCUGGCCUGUGGCCCUGUGAGAAAUGUGGAAAGAUGUUCACAGCACACAGGCAGUUGGAGCGGCACCAGGAGCUGCUGUGCUCUGUGAAACCUUUCAUCUGCCACGUGUGCCACAAGGCCUUCCGCACCAACUUCCGUCUCUGGAGUCAUUUCCAGUCCCAUAUGUCUCAGGCCACAGAAGAGCCAGUGCAUAAAGAGGCAGAGGUAUGCCCUGCACCCACAAACUCACCCUCACCACCGCCGCUGCCACCACCACCACCCCUGCCCAAGAUCCAGCCCCUGGAGCCCGACAGCCCCACAGGCCUGCCUGAGAACCCCACCCCAACCACAGAGAAGCCGUUUGCACCCCAGGAAUCAGACACACUCUUCUACCACGCCCCGCCCCUUUCAGCAAUCACAUUUAAAAGACAGUUUAUGUGCAAGCUGUGCCACAGGACAUUCAAGACUGCCUUCAGCCUUUGGAGUCACGAGCAGACACACAACUGAAGGGGCCACACUCUGACCACUGAGAGCAGGAGGCCCCUGACCUGUAAGCUGUGUCCUACAACACAUUGCAGUUUUUACAAAAGAAUAAUAAAGGUUGGAAAUUGUUAUGCUUGAA